AUGUCUGCCAACCCGAUCCUUGUCUCUGACAAUAUCGAGAAUCAGCCAGUGAUCAAUCUUCUGCCAGACAGAGUGCAGAACACAACCGAGACCCUCAAUGGCACCGAUUCUCACACCACCAACGGUACCGAUGGCCUCAAUUCCCAUGUACCGCAAGAGUUUCCAGAUACGGCGAUAGAGAACUUCAGACCAUUGCGAGUCGUAGUCAUCGGCGCCGGUUACAGUGGGAUCUACAUGGGUAUCAGAAUCCCAGAGUGGCUUCGCAAUGUCGACCUGACAAUCUAUGAGAAAAACCCUGCUGUCGGCGGCACCUGGUAUGAAAACAGGUAUCCUGGUUGCGCCUGUGACAUUCCCGCACACUCCUACGUGUAUACAUUCGAACCAAAUCCCCACUGGAGCACCUUCUAUGCUGGCGGGCCCGAGAUCCAGGACUAUCUAGACAGAACAAGCGAGAAAUACGGGGCAAAGAGAUUCAUCAAGUGCGGACACAGGGUUUUCAACUGCCAGUGGAACAAACAAACCAAUAAAUGGGAAUUGCAAGUCGAGGUGACUUCCACGGGGCAAAAGUUCGACGACCAAGCCGACGUGGUCAUCUGCGCGCGAGGAGCAUUCAACGAGUAUGCGUGGCCUGAGAUUGAGGGGCUUCGGUCUUUCGAGGGCAAGACUGUCCAUUCAGCAGCUUGGGAUACAAACUACGACUACUCGAACAAGCGCAUCGGUGUGAUUGGUAAUGGCAGCAGCGCAAUCCAGAUCGUACCGACACUUCUAAAGCUGGAGAAUGUACGAGUCAGCAACUUUGCGAAGGGGAAGACAUGGGUUUCACCCUCCUUUGGAGAUAAUGCGACGACCAAGCUAGGGCUCAAGCAACUCGACUUCAAGGCCGAGGACCAAGAAGCAUUCAUCAAAGACCCCGAAUGGUUUGAAAGAUUUCGGCAUAUCAUCGAGAGCGAAGCAAACGCGGUACAUGGAAUCACGCAGAAAGGGUCGCCGCUCGCUCUUGGUGCACAAAAGGCAUGCGAGCAGCUCAUGCGCGACCGCCUCGCAGGGAGGCCAGACAUAGCUGAAGCACUCAUACCCAGCUUCGCCCCUGGCUGUCGUCGUCUGACACCAGGACCUGGGUAUCUAGAGGCGUUGACCAACGACAAUGUCGAGUUCAUUAAGACGCCAAUCGUAGAGAUCAACCCACAGGGCAUAAAACUCUUGGACGGCCGGCAAGUCGAUCUUGACGUCCUCGUUUGCGCAACGGGAUUCUACGCCAUGGCCGCUCCACCAUUCCCAGUCGUCGGCACAUAUACCGACCUCGCAUCUCGAUUCAAACCAUAUCCAGAUGCCUACAUGUCGACGGCUGUCGAUGGAUUCCCAAACUUCUUCCUUAUGCUCGGGCCCAAUUCUGGCGUCGGCAGUGGCAGCCUAACGAAAAUGAUCGAGGCAACCGGCGAUUAUAUCGCCAGAUGCAUACGGAAGCUCCAGAAAGACAACAUAAGCGCGAUGACCGUCAAAGCUGAGCGACUACAAGACUGGUCCGCCUUUAUCGACGCGUAUUUCCCGAAGACGGUGUUCAUGGACGACUGCAAGAGCUGGUACCGCAGCGACCAGGGCACCGGAAACCGAGUCAUCGGACUCUGGCCCGGGAGCACGCUCCAUGCCAUCGAAGCCCUCCGAAGUCCACGGUGGGAAGAUUACGAGUACGUGUAUGACGGCGACAGGGAAGGCAAGCUUGUCAAUCGUCUCAAUUGGCUCGGAAAUGGCUGGAGCAUCCUCCAAACUGACGAAAGUGGCGAUCCGGGCUAUUAUGUCCAGCGCGAGUAUAUCGAUUACCCCAGCCAUCCACGGCCGGAAGAGACGCCAAAGUGGAAGAAGCUGCCGUUUACAUAUUAA